AUGGUUUUAUUAAUUCAUAUCUACAAGAAGUUCACUGGAAUCCUUCAAAAUAAUGAAGCGUUACGAAAAAUGAUUAGGAGAAAACGAAAUGAAGUAAAUUCAGCUCCAGCGGCACCAAUAGAUUUAAAAACUCUACAGUUACCCGAAAUAUACAAAACUUACUCGCCAAAUGAUGGAAUAAGUGAACAAUUCUUAUUAGCAGAUAGUGGGCAGCAAACAGAUAGGGUCUUAAUAUUUGGCCGACUUAGUGGACUAAAAAUAUUAAAAAAUUCCCGAACCUGGUACUGUGACGGCACUUUUAGAAUUGCUCCAUUAUUAUUUUCCCAGGUUUAUGUUAUUUUGGCGGAAGCAUUAGGAGGUGUACACCCGAUAAUAUAUGCACUACUUCCAAGCAAAAAAGCUAAUAUUUAUGAAAAACUAUUAAACAUGUUAAAAACGCUUGAACCAGAUUUGAAUCCAGACUCAAUCUCUUGCGAUUUUGAACUUGCUGCUUUUACAGCUAUAAAAUAUGCAUUCCCUAAUGUACAAAUAUUUGGGUGUUAUUUUCACUUAUGUCAAAACUUUCGGUCUAAAUUAGGUGAGCUACAUUUAAUAUCUCGUUAUAAAAAUGAACCAGAAUUUUGCAUACACGUAAAAAGUAUUAUCGCAUUAGCUUUCGUUCCUAUAUCAGAUCUUGAUGAUGCGCUAGACAUUUUAUCAGAAAGUUUACCCGAAGAACUUAUAGAUUUAUUAGAUUGGUUCGAAGACUUUUAUAUUGGUCGGAAAAAUCGUAGUCGUGAAGGUAGACGGCCUGCGCGAUUUUCUCCGGCAAUGUGGAAUUUAUACGAACGUGUAUUAACAAAUAAAAACCGUACAAAUAACCAUGCUGAAGCGGCGAAUAGAAGAUUAAAUCAGUUAAUGGCAAACAAACCUACAAUUUGGGCUUUCAUAAAUACAUUACGUAAAAUACAAGCAGGAACGGAUACACAGUAUGAGCAUUUGGUAACGGGUAAUAGUCCACGGAAAAAGUUAAAAAAAUUUAGAGACACAGACAAUCGUAUUUAUAAACUAGUUGAUAGAUACGAUAAAAAUGACAUUCAAACAUUUAUCAGGGGAAUAUCAAAUAAUAUAGCAUGA